UAUGCAGAGAGCUCCCGAUCAGAGUCACUCCAUAAUUUUCCCAAUUUCUAGGGUUCUUCUUUCCCCAAAUUCUAAAAUGUGGAGAUCGAUAAGCGUAUUAGCGAUCGUUGUUGUGAUAUUAGGGUUCGUUCCUACACCCAUGGUGAAGGGAAUGCGGUUCGAUAUCAAAACAGGAGCCACGAAAUGCAUAACGGAAGAUAUUCAAUCGAAUUCGCUAUCUGUUGGAAAGUACAGCAUCAUCAAUCCUAAUGAAGACUAUCCUUUGCCUGAUAGCCAUCGCAUCACCGUCAGGAUAACGUCACCACUCGGGCACAAUUGUCACUAUGCAGAUCAAAAGGAUGUUGGUAAUUUUGCAUUUACCGCAAAUGAGGAUGGAGAUUAUAUGGCCUGUUUCUGGGUUGCUAAACAAAAUCCGCCUACAACAAUGACCGUUGAGUUUGAAUGGAGAUCGGGCCUGGCUGCGAAGGACUGGUCCAAAGUAGCUAAAAGAGGACAACUUGAGAUGAUGGAAAUUGACUUGAAGAAAUUGUUUGAUACCAUCGCCUCCAUCCACGAUGAGAUGUAUUAUCUUCGCGAGAGGGAGGAAUCAAUGCAAGUCCUCAUUAGAUCAACCAAUUCGAAGAUGGCUACAUUUAGUUUCUUCUCCCUCAUCGUUUGCUUGGCGGUGGCCGCUAUGCAAAUAUGGCAUUUGAAGACGUUUUUCGAGAGGAAAAAGCUCAUCUAGCUUUCCCUCGACAUUCUUCACCCUCAUUUUUUUGUUUCGUUAAGAUUUCCUUCGUUUUAUUCGCAUUUAGCGUUAUGUUUCCAUGA